CUACAAAGGAUAGGCAAGGGUGUUUUGAGGGCCUCACUGUCUCACAAUCUCUUUAUGUCUUCAGGACAAAUGGAAAAAAAGUCCUGAGACUUUACUGAUCAAAUAUGUAUUACAACUACAACAUACCCCUGUGAUGAUAAAGUAGCGAAGAUUCCAUGACUAUGUUUUUGUGAAGAUACAAAGACUCAGGUGUAACAUGUUGUUUUGAAGCUUAACUUUCAUUAGCUAUAUUACGGUAAUUGAACGACUUUAAGCUUUCCCGCAUGUCAGCGUUAUUACGGUAACUAGGCGGUUUGUGCCUGUCAAACAUGGCGCUGUCCUGUGCGAGGCUCUGCAGUCAGUUGUCUUUGGUCCGACUCUGUGGACUCAGGACAAACAGUGUAACUCGUAGCCGUUAUUCUCCCUACGUGUCCUAUCAGUCCAGCCUGCCCCUGUGCAGACUCUACUCAUCAACCAAAGUCAGACGUGGUAUUGGUCGAUAUGUCGCCUCCAAGCUCCAGUUGGCAAAUGCUAAGUAUGAAAGUUUCCUCAAGAGGCGGUUUCCCCGCUUUUAUCAGCUGUACCACACUUUUAUGGAAGGAUUCAAGCUAUUGUUUCAAGAUGCCAAAGAAGUGAGGAGGAUAAAAACAAAAAUGUUUUCUGAAGGGGUAAAGUAUCAGGACUUGCCCUACAGAGACAUGGAGAAACUUAGACAGUUUCGCAGAAACAUGAUCAAAGCCAUCCCGCUGGUCAUGAUAUCUAUCCCUCCCUUUGCGAACUACCUGGUUUUCGUCCUGAUGUACUUCUUCCCCCGUCAGAUCCUGAUCCCUCAUUUCUGGACUCCAAGGCAGCAUGUGGAGUUUCGAGGAGUGUACCAUUCCCUCAGGGCUCAGCACCACUGGCCGGUGCUCAAAGGCCUCGAGUCCACGAGCCACAGGGUCCAAAAUGGCUCCCUACAGGGUCGCCUUAAGGACCUGUGCGCAAAAAUGCAAACCGGAGGAAGCCCCAACGUGUCUGAGAUCCUGGCUGUCCGAAGCCUGUUUUCUGGACCCCCUCUGGGUAUAAAGAGAAUGCGCGUUGAUCACAUGAGACACAUCAGCUCCCUGCUCUUCCUGACGCCUCGCCUCCCCGGCUUCCUGCUCGGUCGCCGGCUGAACAGCCACGCCUUGGAGCUGCUCCAACUGGACCGAGCCCUCAGCAGACUGGGCCUUCACCAGCUCACUGACUCUGAACUCAAACAGGCUUGUUAUGUGAGGGGGCUUAAUUCUGACAAUCUUGGCAUUAACCAGUGUCGUGAGUGGUUGUCCCGGUGGCUCCAGAUCUCCUCUGCACUGAAAGAAUCAGAGGUGUCACUGCUGCUGCACAGCAUUGUGUUUCUCUCUGCGAACUACCCACAUGUUCUCUGCCGCCACUGACAGGAAGUCUGCUUGUGAGAUUAUGGUCUCUUACGUGCACUGGAUGACAAAACUUACACAGAGUUGUCAGCGUCUCCUUUUUUGUAAAGGAAAAAACAUUUUAAAGUUCUUGGCGAGAUAUUUUUGGUUUCAGGGAAAAACAGCUUUACUUGUGAAGCGAUGAACACCACAAACAGGAAGGAGUUAAAAGAUUUUUGUUUGGGGAAAAAAAAGUAUGAACCUAUGGUGUCUUUAUUAGAGAGUUUAGUGCUGCUCCUAUUUAAUCUGGACUCUCACGGUGGAGUUAAAUUGAUGCAGUUGGCUACAUGAAGUGUUGGUAAAUAUCAUGAUGAGCUGUCUGUACCUUAUGUCUAAGUAUAGAACGCACACAAUCUACACAUCUACAAAAACAAGCUGAGAAACAAAGACGAUAGUGCUUAAGGCUUGUUCACACUUAGCUUGAGGAACCAUUCCAUUCGUUAAAUUACACACAAUCCAGACUUUAUGUGGGCAUAUUAAUAUUUUUUACAUGUUCACAUCAAACAUGUGUUAAUUCUCAUGUCAUGUUGUUACCUCACUUUGUGCUCUGCUUUUACAUUUUUUUUUUUUUUUACUUUGAAUAAUAUAUAAUGCUGGUCAUGACAGAGUUGUAGGAAACGUGAAGACUGAAGAGUCGACAUGGUCGGGUUUACAUGAAAGCAUGUACGUUGAAUCCUAAACAUAGAUUGGCGGGGGCGGGGCGUUGGGUCUUAUUGUAGAUGACUGUUCUCAUAAAGCUUUUGGGCUACAGCUCAGCAGUUACAAGGUGCUGUGGUCGCACUUUAUUGUUUACUUUACGUUUUCUUGCUUUGGAAGCUUAAAAAUACAUGAACGUAUCAUAGUAAGAGAAGCCUUUCACCUAUUUCUGGUCACAGUACGAAGAGGAACUGCACAGUCUUUGUGCCCUUGUGUUGUAAGGUGUGAAGACACUGUCAUUCAUUUCCUGUGCCUUUCGCAAGGACAGGCCGAAUGCUUCUGAAAAAGCUAAAUGUAUGUUCUGUUUAUGAACCUUUUUUGAACUAUACGAUAUUAUAUGUUUGGUAAGCUCUGA